AUGGCCAAAUGUCACACGGAUUGCACAGAAAAAGCCCUUCAGACCUUCUUUAAGAUGAUGGGUCAUUUUAUCGGAUCCCAUGCCUUGUGGUUUCUCUUCGGCCCUCUUCUCCUCUCGGCAGGUCUGGGGAGUGGGUUUUAUUUUCUCACCGACAGAAUCUCCAACAAUAUCGAAGAGCAGUUCACACCUGUUGAUGGACCAGCCAAGAUGGAGAGGAAGUACAUCAGAGAAAAUUUUCCAGAAAAUGAUACCAUGUUUUCAAGUUUGAGGCAGAGCACAGAUGGAAACUACGCCACUCUCAUAGCUACAAGAGACAGUAAUAUUCUGACUGUUAGGUCGCUUCAAGAAAUCCUGAAUUUGGACACUAAAAUCAAGAAUAUGGUGGUGCGUUUUGGCAGUAAAUCAUUUCAAUACGCAAACAUCUGUGCUAAGGUGGCUGGAUUCUGCGCCUCUAAUGAUAUUCUAGAUAUCAUUAACUACACUGCCAGCAAUAUAACCACCGUCAAUUUGACAUACCCAUGGUAUAAGUCUGGUUUUCAUCGUUUUCCCUUAUAUAUAAAUCUGGGGAGUGUGAAGCUGAAGCCAAAGACUUCAGUUGUUGAAAGUGCCAAAGCUGUACAGCUCUAUUACUAUUUAGAAGAGCGCAACAAAACAUUAAGUGACCUCUGGUUGGAAAGUUUCAUUAGUUUGGUCUCAAAUAUCUCCUCACCUUCCCUCAAGAUGUCAUACUUCACCUCGAUGUCAAGGCAGUGGGAAUUUGAGAAAUCUUCAGAAUCUGUCAUCUUUUUAUUCUCCAUCAGCUACUCUAUUGCCAUCACAUUUUCCAUCGUAACUUGCUGGAGGUUGGAUAAUGUGAGGACGAAGGUGUGGGUGGGCUCCUGUGGGGUUCUCUCUACAAGUCUCGCAGUCCUGAGUGGUUUUGGUGCACUCUUGUUGAUGGGCCAGCCUUUUGUCAUGACAGCUGCCUCCUGCCCCUUCAUGAUUCUCGGCAUUGGCCUCGAUGAUAUGUUCAUCAUGAUCUCCUGCUGGCAAAGGACUCGUGUUCUGGACAGUGUUCCAGAGCGGCUGGCUGAGACCUACAAAGAUGCUGCCAUCUCCAUUACCAUCACCACCCUUACCGAUAUGCUGGCUCUGUUCCUGGGCUGCAUCUCACCCUUUGGCUCAGUCCAGUCCUUCUGCCUCUAUGCAGGAAUUUGUAUUUGCUUCUGUUAUUUCUACAGCCUGACUUUCCUCGGUGCAUGCAUGGCUUUGAAUGGACAGAGGGAAGCAGAGAACAAGCACUGGCUCAUCUGCGCCAAAGUCCCAAAUGACGUACCGCCUGGGAAAUCAAAAGCCUUCAGCAUGUGCUGUGUUGGGGGUCAGUAUGACCAAAAUACUGAACAUGAGAAAACAGAGCCCGUAAGUCACAUUUUUGAGCACUUCUAUGGUCCAUUUCUGACCCACAAAGUGACAAAAGCAUGUGUGUUUGGGAUCUUUGCAGGUUAUUUAGCUGUUAGUAUCUAUGGUUGUGUAAUCUUACAGGAAGGACUCGAUAUUAAGAACCUGGCUUUGGAUGAUUCUUACAUCAUCAGUUAUUAUGACCAUCAAGCGCAGCACUUCAGUGAAUAUAGCCUCAGUGCAAUGGUGGCAAUCAAGCAGCCAUUCCCCUACUGGGACCCAGACCAACAGAGGCAGCUCAAUUCUUGCAUUUCCAGUUUUGAAUCUUUGAACUUUGUCGACAGCACAAUCGCUUGGUUCAUCUCCUAUGUUGACUUUGCGAAUGCCCUUAAUCUGAACAUCAGCUCCCAGGAAGCUUUCCAAACCCACCUGCAACGUUUCUUAGAAUUCAACCCUUUGUUUAGACAAGACAUCAGUUGGACUCUAAAUGGCAGCAGCAUUCAGGCAUCUCGCUUUUUCAUUCAGACACUCAGCAAUUCUACGGAGAAGGAGAUGCUGGUGAUGCUCAGGGAAACUGCAGAGGAAUGUCCAGUGGAGCUCCUGGUGUAUCACCCUGCUUUCAUCUACUUUGAUCAGUACACUGUCAUUAUGGAUAACACCAUCCAAACCAUGUUCAUCGCUGUCCUUGUGAUGCUUUUUGUCUCACUCAUACUCAUACCCAAUCCUUUUUGUUCAAUAUGUGUAACCUUAGCAAUUUUUUCAGUCAUCGCUGGCGUGGCAGGAUUCAUGUCACUGUGGGAUAUCAGUCUGGACUCCAUCUCCAUGAUCAAUCUGGUCAUGUGCAUCGGAUUCUCUGUAGAUUUCUCAGCGCAUAUUUGCUACUCUUUUGUCUCGAGUCCCAAAAACGACGUCAAUGAGAAAGCUAUAGAUGCUUUGACCCUUUUGGGUCUUCCAGUACUGCAGGGAGGAUUGUCCACUAUUUUAGGUGUGGUGGUGUUGAGUGCGUCGGGGAGUUACAUCUUUAGGACAUUUUUCAAAAUUGUGUUUCUCGUCAUUGUGUUUGGACUGCUCCACGGCCUGAUGUUUAUCCCAGUGUUCCUGACGCUGUUUGGGGCCUGUGGCAAGAGACAUUAA